AUGUUUUCAAGGAGCCUUUCACCAACUGGCGAUGGGCUCUAUCCUUCUUGUAACUUCCGUCGGCCAUCACUACUUGCGACGAGACCUUCCGGCAAACUAUGCCUUGGCAACCUCCGUCACUCUCCGUCGCCCUCCAUAGUUUCCGGUGAGACCUUGGAGUCCCACGAGAACUUCGAGAGAUCUGACCUCACCUUGUAUCGUCGGAUGCAUCCAGAUCUGACCAAGUCACUCCUUAGCAAUCAAACCCUAAGCUUCCCGUCCACGGCUUCAAUUACUGCUCCGUCGAUGGCGAGAGAUUGUGUCGUUGAUGACCCACCAUUCUCUCCACAGGCUUUCCUUUGGCGCGGUGAAAUCUACGUCACCGGAAAAGAACCAAUGGUAGCGACUCUCGUGGGAGAAGCGCUUCAACAGAAGCUCCGAUGA